GACACAUUGUUAGUGUUUUUGUUGUGCAUUUGUGUGCACUUCAAUUUCACAUUAGAAGUAAGCAAGUUUGAUGGAAGUUUUAGGUCAUUUUCUUUAAUUUAGCCCAUCAAAAUAAUAAUGGCAAAAAGAAGAUGCAGGAGAGAGAGAGAGAAAGCGAUGGGAAAAAAGAGGGUAAUGCGAGUGGGAGCCUAGAAAUGAGGCAGCGAAGAGGAAGGCACUCGGUGGGGGAGCGCUGCUACUGCCAACUGCUACACAACAACACAAUCUCUGUCUCACACUCACACUCACACUCCCAACAGGCAAGCAGCAGCACCACCAACAAUCCCAUCCCUUCUAAAAUUUCAAAAUCAAAGAGCGAUGUCUUCAUCAUCAAGAACUGUCCCAAACGGGGUCCACCCUCGCUACAAUCCCAGAUCCUCCUCCUCCUCCGCCACUUUCAAAGGCUGCUGCUGCUGCCUCUUCCUCCUUUUCUCCUUCCUCGCCCUCUUAGUCCUCGCCAUCGUCCUCGUUGUCGUCCUCGCCCUCAAACCCAAGAAACCCCAAUUCGAUCUCCAGCAAGUGAAGGUCCAGUACGUGGGCAUAACCAAUCCCAAUCCCACCACCGCCUCUCUUUCCCUCAACAUUCGGAUGAUUUUCACAGCUGUUAACCCUAAUAAAGUUGGAAUCAAGUACGAGGAAUCCCGGUUCACGGUCAUGUACAGAGGAAUUCCACUUGGGAGAGCCUCCGUUCCGGGAUUCUUUCAAGACCCUCACAGCCAGCGCCAGGUGGAUGCCACCAUCGCUGUGGAUCGCGUUAAUCUCCUUCAAGCUGACGCUGCCGAUUUGAUCCGUGACGCCUCCUUGAACGACCGUGUUGAGCUGAGAAUACUCGGUGAUGUUGCUGCUAAGAUCCGCCUCUUGUCCUUCAAUUCCCCCGGCGUUCAGGUUUCAGUUGAUUGUGCAAUUGUGAUUAGUCCAAGAAAGCAGUCUCUCACAUACAAGCAAUGUGGUUUUGAUGGCUUAAAUGUAUGACACGCCCCUUCUCUCUCUCAUUUUAGAUUCAAAAUCAUUAGUCUCAUUCAUUAGUUUCGUCUUUGGAUUAUUUCAAUUUGAUUCCUAAAUACUUGAUCAAUUACCUGGAAAUUGGGGACUAAAUUGAAUUCAUCGAUUUUUUUUGGAAAGACGAAACUAAUAAAUGGAUAACAUUGAGAAACGAUUUAUACAGAAUGUAAUUUCUUGAGAGAGACUGGAAGAAAAUGUAAAAACAAUUUAUUUUUUCUAUUGAGAAUAUUAACAUCCGAAGAUGUGAAAAAUCAAAUUUA